GAUUACGUCAGCCGUCUUAUCAGAAACUGUGAAACCAAACUCAAACCAAAUCCUCGUGUUUUUCUUAAAAUUUGCCGUAUCUGCGAAGUGCGAAGAGUAUAAUUUAUUUUUCUCCAUCUUCAGAUUAAAAUGCUUUGGAAGAAACCAUAAUUAUUGUGUAUGAGUGUUUUGUUUUAUAAGUUAACCGUACCUUAAUUACGAUGGCAAGUUUAAUCAGUCGCCGUAUUAUUCUCAAUUAUGCUCGCCAACAAAUGAAAAUUUCAUACUACUUCAAAUUCAGAAAUGCUGAUUCUCUGUUAUUUCGCAAGAAACCAAACAAUGUUUUGAGUACAGGUUUCCAAAGAUUCUCUUCUACUCAAACGCAGGAAAAUGUUCCGGAAGAACAGUCAAAGUCGACAGCUUCCAAAGCGGAAGAAGCUAUAGGCGAAGCUGAAAAAAGAGAAUUUCAAGCAGAAACUCGUAUGUUAUUGGAUAUUGUUGCCAAAUCCCUGUAUUCAGAUAAAGAAGUGUUCGUUAGAGAAUUAGUUUCUAAUGCUAGCGAUGCUUUGGAGAAAUUACGAUAUAUAUCACUAACAGAAAAUCCGAAUCAAAAUAUUGGCGCUUUGGAAAUACGUCUAUCGACCGACAAACAUAAUAGGCUGCUGACAAUUCAAGACACUGGUAUUGGUAUGACGAAAGAAGAACUGAUUUCAAACCUUGGUACUAUCGCUCGCUCUGGAUCGAAGGCUUUUUUGGAAGAACUGAAGAAUAAAUCCGGUGAUACAUCAUCAAUUAUUGGACAGUUCGGUGUAGGAUUUUACAGUUGUUUUAUGGUCGCAAACAAGGUGGAAGUUUUUACAAAAUCUGCCAAAACAGAUGGAAAAGGGUAUUAUUGGACAUCAGAUGGUUCAGGUUCUUACGAAAUUCGAGACGCUGAAGGAGUAGAACGCGGUACGAAAAUCGUUUUACAUUUGAAAGCCGACUGUAGAGAAUUCGCUGAUGAAUCGAGAGUGCAGAAUGUUAUUCAAAAGUACAGCAAUUUUGUAAACUGUCCAGUCUAUAUUAAUGAGAAUAAAGCGAAUACUAUUCAGCCGUUAUGGUUAAUGGAUCCUAAGUCGAUCUCUAAUGAACAACACAAUGAAUUUUAUCGAUUCAUUUCAAAUUCCGUUGAUAAACCAAGAUUCGUGAUGCAUUAUUCUACUGACGCGCCUCUUACGAUCCGAGCAUUAUUUUAUUUCCCUUCUACCAAGCCUCCUGUUUAUGAAAUAAAUCAAGAGUGCGGUGUUGCAUUAUACACUAAACGUGUAUUGAUCAAAAGCAAAGCUGAAGAAAUUCUUCCCAAAUGGUGCAGAUUUAUUAAAGGAGUUGUGGAUUCCGAAGAUAUUUCUUUAAACCUCAGUAGAGAAUUACUACAAAAUAGCCCGAUGAUAGCAAAAAUAAGAAAUAUUUUAACUACGCGGAUUAUAAAGUUUCUGUUGGAAAAAUCAAAUAAAGAACCCGAAGAGUAUGCCAAGUUCUAUGCCGAUCACCAUAUAUUUCUGAAGAGUGGUAUUGUCUUCGCUGAUAUGCAUGAAACCAGGGAAGAAGUAGCUAAACUUUUGAGAUACGAAACAUCCGUAACGAAUCCCGGAGAGAUGAUUUCAUUAACAGACUAUAUUAAAAGAAUGCAAAAUGAUCAAAAAGAAAUAUUUUACGUAAACGCACCCAGUCGCUCCUUAGCUGAAACAUCUCCGUAUUUAGAAGAUUUGAAGAAGAAAAACGUUGAAGUUCUGUUUUGUUAUGAAACAUACGACGAACAAGUUUUAUUACAGUUACGUUCCUUUAAAAAUAAAACUAUUACAUCUGCUGAAAAGCAGUUACGAGAAGAUAAAGACGAUAAUAUCAUCAGUAAUGACAAAGAAGAAAAUCCUUUAAGACAAACUGAAAUCGAUAAUUUACUGAAAUGGGCUCAAGAUCAGCUACAAAACAAAGCUGCCAAAGUUAAAAUUACCAAUAAAUUAGACAGUCAUCCGUGUGUGGUUACGGUUGAAGAAAUGGCUGCUGCCCGUCAUAUAAUUAAAACGCAAGCUCACCAGUUUUCUGAAGAUAUGAUGUAUACUUUAUUACAACCGAGACUAGAAUUGAAUCCGAAACAUCCUAUUGUUAAGAAAUUAAGUUCUUUGGUGUCAUCUAAUCCCGAAUUGGCUUCUCUGUUGAUCAAACAACUUUUCACCAAUGCUAUGUCGAAUGCGGGUUUAAUAGAUGAUCCACGAUUGUUAUUGACAGAUAUGAAUAAAUUGUUAUCAUUAGCUCUGGAAAAGCAUUAAAAUACCGAUCUCAAGUGAAAGAGAUGAUGUGAUCACAAGGUCGACUGUUGACGUGUGUUCUUCAAGAUAUUGUUAGAACGGUGUGUCGGUUAACCGUAAAUAUAUCUCGUACGUGAAUCAAGUGUAUGUAAAUUUUUUAUCAUAGUUUUCGAAUGGAAAUAUUGUAAUGUAUUAACAUUUACUUGAAGAAAAAUAAUUUGACUGGA